CCCAUCUGUCAGCCACAGCGGGGGCUGCUGGGGACGGUGACAUGUGGACGAUGCGUCCGUGGCCCUUUAAGAAACUCCAUGUUUUCUCUAGGCUACAUGAUGCGUCAACACAAAAAGCGGAUGAUGCUGUUAUGUAAAAACAUGCCAAAGUGAGCUGUAGUUUGCAGGAUUUCUGCGGAGUGCCGAGUGCGCCUCGCUCCGUCUUAUUACCUCUGCUUUAGUUCUAAGUUUACCGAGUGGCGAUUUUUACGCGUAGAGCGUGGAGCGGCGCAGUUCGGAGUAGGAGAGAGGAGAAGAAGAAAAAAAGGCUUCAGCCGAUCAACUCAACAUGAGUCGCCCUCCGCACGGUUUUCCUCCUUCACUUGCGGGAAGCGUACACCUGACGCAUCACUCUCUCUUGCCGUGGAACUGAUCUUCCUCUCCAACAUAUCGACUCCCGCUGGGUUAUUUUCCACUUUGCGAAACGAGAGCCAUAUGGACCCAGAUGAUGAUCCAUGAUGAUAUCCACUGAAAGCCCAGUCUGAGCUGAAACCCUCCACCAAUCAGAAACCCGUGGAUGAAGACAGUUUAGUGAAUCUGCUCCCAGACGCUGAGAAUAUGGUGAAAGCUCAGCGGUGCCAGACGGCGAAAUGCGGAAAGCCCAAGAAGGAGAGAGGAAGUAAGGAAAAGCAGGAUGGUGUGAAGAAAGGCAGAGGGGGGGCGAAUGAGCUGAAGAGAAAGAAAAAGAGGGACAAGAAAGACUUGCACCGAAAUAAAAAGAAGAAACUAGCCGUGAGUGAUGGAGAUGCGUUGGACUGUUGCGUCUUGCUCACCCGUCUGGAGGAGAAAGGAGCUGCUGGUAAAGAGAAGAAUGCACUAAAAGCUGGGAAGAAAAGGAGUGUAAAAGCUAAAAAGAAGGAACACUCCAUCCAAAGAGGGACCAAACAUGGACUCAAGAAAACCUCUGCCGCCAAUCAGCAAGCACUGGAACCAAAAAACAACCAAUGUGACGCCUUACUCAUGAUGCCCUCAGCUAUGUUUGAGCCCCGCAGAAGGAGAAUGGCUUCUCUUAACGCUGAGGCUGUCAACAGCUUGCUGCUCUACAAAAACGACUCACUCAUGGGGAAUAACGCAAAGAAAUGUCAGACAUCCAACGAAGAGCCAGCGAAAGAGGUCACUGAAACUGAACACGGAGAUCAGAAAACCAAAAAAGGUUCUUUGGAAGUGAAAGCAGUCCAAAAAGAGAGACCGAAAAAACAAAAGCGUUCCACAGCUGAGGCUCAGAACAUCGACUGGUUGAGUUUGCUUGCACCGACACCUCGGCGUCAAGCAGGCCUCACCGCUGCAACGCUGCUCAAACUCACCAGUGCCCCAUAUGGGGCCAAACGGCAAAGGAGGGUGGAGUCCAAGCCAGGGAGUAGAAGCGAAGCUGCAGCUACGACUCAGGAUGGAGUGAGUGGUAAGGCUGUGUGCAAAGGAACAACACACACCAAACGAAGAACACAUCCCAAACAUGAGGGGCAACUAAAGCACAGAAAACAGGGCACAGAAGAUCCAGUCCAUUCCCAGGUGAGCCCCGCCAUCCAGGAAUGCUGCAGUUUGUGUAAGACGGAGACUUUGGAUCCGGAGUGGAAGGGUGCCACAGGGGGGCAGGAGUGUGUCAAGCACCCUCUCCACUGUGGCUCUUCUCUGGGAUUCUCCUUAAAAACAAUCAAAGAGGAGCAGGUGGAGACGGAGGUGUCUUCCUGUUACUGCUGCUCCCAGGAGAGAUGUGUCGAGUACUUUCACAGGCUGGCCCUCUUUCUGGAUGACAAAACCUUCAAGGAACCAGAGGACGGCUCACUGUCUGAGGUGUUCCACCACCACCAUCAUCAUCACCACCACCAUCACCACCACCAUUCUGUCGGCCACCCGGCAGCCAUAACCAUCAGCCCGCACACGUACACCUGUUUCCCAGGCUAUUACGUUCAUUUCAGCCACCCGGACAACUCUCCCUCCACCAUAUCAUCCCUCGCUUUAUGCCCAAGCGGCAGCAAGAGGCCGAAGCUGCUCCCCGGCACGGGUCCCCAACCCUCAGGGAUUAGCCAUCCAGUGUACUGCUGUACCUCAGUGAAACCGUGCUACGGAGAGCCCUGCAGGAUCAACGGCUACUCUGCUUAUACCAGUGUGAUUCCAGCCAUUAAUAGAGGAGCGUGCUCCUUCAGCCCCACAGACUGCAUCAAAUGUAACCACAGUGUAAAAAGAGAUGACUACCCAGCAACCCUCAAUGACCACCACAGCCCCUCCUCUAUCCCCAUUUGUCCCAGCCCUCGAAUCCUUACUGGCUGCCCCGUUCCCACUGUGCCUCCAGCCGGCCAAUCAGUGCCCCACAUCCAGACUCCGCUGUCUGACCCCAGCCAACCGCAGCCUCCGCUGAAGGUGGCAAAGGAGUGUCCACAGAGUGCCAAGCAGCCCAGCGGGUCAAGGUCUGGCGCGCGCAGCACCGGCAGCAUCAGCUCGGCUGUCUGCCCUCUCAACAGGAACAAGAAACAGAAGCUCAGCUGUGCCAGCGACGGAGGGCAAACGGUUGCCAAGCAGCCGAAGAAUGGCCGCCAAAAAUCCACCAACGGCUGGAGGCCAUUUGGCCUGCCCUUUGAGAAGGAGGUUUUCUCUGUGGGCGAGGACACUCUGGUGCUGAGGAAGUGCUUUGAGGGAGUCCACAGGGACGGGGAGCUGAUUAGAGUCAGAGACACUGUUCUGCUGAAAUCUGGACCUAGAAAAAAGUCUCUGCCUUACGUGGCUAAGGUCUCAGCUCUGUGGGAAGAACCAGAGUCAGGAGAGCUGAUGAUGAGUUUGUUUUGGUACUACCGUCCAGAACACACACAGGGAGGACGCAACCCCAGCGUACAUUGUGAGAAUGAGAUCUUUGCAUCCCGUCACCAGGAUGUAAACAGUGUGGCCUGUAUUGAAGACAAAUGCUAUGUCCUAACAUUGGCACAGUAUUGUCGAUUUGGUGCCUUGGUAAAACGCCGUAGAGAAGGCGUCAGCGACAGCGCCGCCUCCCUUGUGGUGCCCCCUGUUGUUGGCAACGCCAUGCCCACCCACCACUGUGUGCCCGAUGACACUGACCCAGAGCUGGUGUUUUUCUGUCGACACGUCUACGACUUCCGCUACGGACGCCUCCUCAAGAACGUGCAGUAGUAUCUGACGAGGCGUGACAUCACAUUACACCCCGAUUCCACCUGCCACAAAUUCUCACUGGUUGCCUCCGUGAGAGAGGAACUGGAGUUUCGGACGACGGCUUGACAGCUUAUUUUCUUUUCAGUCUCUCAUUCAUGCUUACAUGUCACGCAUUUAUUAAGUAAACUAAUGGUCUGACAUAAUGUGUAAGAGUUGCUAUGGCAGUGUAAAUGGUCUUUUAUCAUACAUGGCUCUCUGGUGUUGUAGCAGCUGUGUGAAGAACCUGGAACGUACUCUGCUGUAGAAAAUGCUACUGUAGCUCUUAGAAAUGUGAAAUUUGAUUAGAUUGCUGAGAACUUGAUGUUUCAUGUGAAUAAUGCUACUAUCUGCCUGACAGACAACAGAUAACGCAAAGUAUGUUGAUACGCCAUAGAUAAUGAAAAUAUGUGGCAUAUUGUGUCACACCGGAUGGUGCAGCUGACGACUUAAUCACAUCUUUUUUUCACUCAGUUUAUUUCUGUUGCUUUGAGCUGCACCGAGUCCAUUUGAUAGUGAAAACGUGGCGUUUUCUACUGACACGGCAUAUAGAAAUCUUACUGUAAUGCAGCUGUGUUCAUGCUGUUCUGAGAAAUAGUGAUAGUCUGGGAAAUGUGCUUGCUUGUGAUAAAUAAGAAGGAAUCAGUUUCAUGUCUGUAUAAUCAAAAUGAAAUAGUCACCAGCAGCUGGUUAGUAUAGCUUAGCAUAAAGUCUAGAAAAUAGCCCAGCCUGACUAAGUUUGACUCUCGGGGCAAUGGUCGGUUACUGUAUAUGUAAUUAGCAGCUGUCAAGGGCAAGAACGUCUGUUCUGUCCAGCUGUUAUCAACUGCAUGUGACUACAGAUCAGUUUUAAAGAAGCUAGGUGUGUUUCAGUAAAUCAACAAUCCCUAUUUUCCCCCCUCUCUCUCUCCACAUAGACUACUUAAAUGCAUGCAGUCGAAGCAUCAUCAAACAUGAUUGGUUGAUAGAACGUGGACUACAAGCAGACUACAAAUAACUGCAUACAUAUCUUUUUGGAGUGAUUUUGCUAAGCUAAGCUUAAUUAGCUGCUGGCUCCAGCUAUGUGCUUACAACGUAUACAGAGAGUGUUCUCAUCUAAAUCUCAGCAAGCAAGCAUGUAAGGAAGUUUCCCAAAUAUUAAAAUUGACAUUUUUGUCUAAUGGUGAUUGAUUUUGGAGAGCUUUGCAGCGCGCCCCAAAGACAGCCAUGAAAGACAUUCUCAGUCAAACGGUUUGAUUGAAUCUAAUUAGCAGUGAAAAAGUGUAACGAGAGCAACCAAUUAAAUGUUUUUUGGCUUCUUCUCUUCUUAAUUUUUGAGAGAGAUGCAGGUUUUAUACCGUAUCUGUAUCUGUAGUGAUGACUUUCACACAGCAGGACGAGCAUGCUAACCGCUAAAAGACAGCGAGAGUUUAGUUUGCUUGCUUUCACAUUGCGAGGAUGAGCCGAGCAUUAAAGGGGAUUUUUGUUAUGCCAAUGCCGAGGAAUAUUUUACUUUUUCAAAGCUGUUUGCCAGAGGUGUGAUUUGACUCCGGUGUCAGCGUACUGUAUAUUUGCAUUUAAAUAUCUGGAUGGGUUUCUGUUAGUGGCAGAUGGCAUCAGUUAGUCACGUAUAUUCUUGUUUCUUCACUGAUGAGCUGGUGAAUAAUGUAGUCAGUGUAGCAUUUAGAUCUGUGAUGAUGAUUCGUUCCUAUGUUUGAGAAAAGAUAUGUAUUUAUUUCUGUACUGAGAAAAUAUAUAAUUUAUUUUCAAAAGAUCAUUUUAAAGAGUUUUAGAUGAGUGGCUUGCAUUCCUGAUUAGAAAGGAGGCUGAAGAUGUCUCUCCAUAGCUGCACUAAGCGUGAUAGUCUUUGCAGCAGUAUUUCUGUGUUUCAGCUCGCUUACCCAAUACAAGCUCAUGCAAUUUCGCUUUGAGACACUGAAGUAGGCAAUAAGCAGAUUUGAGGACACAUAUGGAGUAUUUGGAAGGAUCUCAGAUGUGGUUUGAAGGACAUGCGCUAACAUGUGACCAGAGAUGCUAAACCUUGCAGGACCAAAAUGUACCCUGGCCUUUUCCAGCUUCCUGUCAUCCUCCUUUUCAUUUCCCCUGAGAUGAUGAAGCUUUGCCUCUUCACCUUUAAAUGCCGAUAGCUUCACUGAUUUUAACUUACCAUUAGCCUGUGCCCUGGAUCUUUGCUGCCUUAUAGAACAUUCCCAGCCUUUUAUUUAGUAACAUGUACUGAUCUCAGUCUGGAGUUAUGAAGCUUGUAAGUGCGCUGAUCUUGAUUCCUAGAUGCUUGACAUGUAUUUCAGUGUUACCUGUGAUCUUGUGUGACCUGAAAGUCCAUCUUAAUCAACAUUUUUAUUGAGAGUGAUGUUUGGUAUCAAACUACUUAACUAGUUGAGAGUAGAUGAGGAUUUUUUUUUCUUUUUCUUUUUUUGGAGAAACUAACCUUUUAGAGAGUGUGGUAUGACAAUACUGACAAUGCUUUCAUAUCAGUACUUUAAAUAUAAAGCAGCAGCUAGUUAGCUUAGCGAUCUAUAAUGCUUGGAAGUGGGAGGGGGCGGUAGAAAACCAGAUGCACCCGCAUCAUCUGUGAGCAUAAUAGGUAACAUUGUGUAUGUAAUUUGUUUAGUCUGUAUAAAUCAAAGUGUUAUAACAAAUUUCUUGUUGGCAAAUUAUGUGUUGUUUAAGGUUUUAUGCUAGGCUAAGCUAAGCUAAGCUAACCAGCUGGUUACGGAUUCAUUUUUUACAUGCACACCUUAGAGCAUUCUGCCAUUGAAAAAAAAAACAUUUUUUGCCAUCCAUAAGUCACAAUUCGGGGUUAUUAUGCCAAAAUUUCAAGAUAAGACUCUUAACAUUUUAAUUACUAAGUCAAAAAAUAUCAGAAAAUAACUCAAAAUAAUAAUUAAAUAAACCCUUCAAACUUGAAGUUAGGUCAAAACUUUGAGAUAAUAAUCCACAUUUUUUUACUUAUGGAUAGCCAAAAAUAUAUUUUUUAAGUGGCAUAAACAAGCUUCCAUACUGGUUUUUUUGGUAAAUCUCCACAAGAAAGCUUUGUUCACAAAUGUCAAUCACCUGGGGCCAAGCAGCAAUGCAAAAUUUGGCACAUUGAUUGGUGUUACUGAUUGUUUUAUUCUUUUCAUAUCACAACCCAUUAAUGACUAUUUGUGCACCAUAUUAUAUAUAUAUACCUGUUUUUGUUUGUUUAUUUGUUUGUUUUUUAGAUUUAAGGUCUUUAUGAAAAGCCAAGCAGGAUAUCUUACCAUGACUUUGAUUUAUCCAUGCAAAGAUCGGUAUGUGGAUUUGGGAUCCUAUUCGAAGGAAACAUUUUAAAAAAUGUGGCCGUUGAUCAUUGGAAGCGUUCUAAUAAAUAAAUUCUUCUCUCUCUUGCAAGUCCCAAGGCCAGCCACCAUACUGGAAUUUUUCCCAGGUACAAAUUCUUUGCAAUCCUAACCAAAAUUGUCAGUCUUCAGACCGAAUAUCAAAAAAUUUACCAGAUGGAUUUCCAACUUCUCAAACUGCUUUUCUGACAUCUAACAGAAAGUGGAAUCUCAUCUCAGCUACUGUUUCAUAUAAUGACACGAAAUUUCAUUUGGGGACUUUUCAUGAUUUUUGCUACAAAAAGAAAAAAGCCACGCUUAAACUCAUAUCAAGAGGUCGUUGUGACUUUGUCCUGCUAAACUGCUUGGCUCCCUCCUCACUGCUUUAACUCUGUAGUUUAAGCCUUCCUGAAAAACAUAAUAGUUAGCUUGAUUUGUAUCAUUUCCUUUAAACGUUAAUUGAUGCAAGUCAUCAUGGUGGAUAAACUGUGUCAAACUGUCCAGAGAAGCUUCCCUAAACCACGUUAUCAUAAUCAACCUCUCAGUGUAUGUUUAAUAAGUUCCAUAAAUACAGAUAAAAAGACAUUCUGACAAACAUACUCAACACGAUAACACAAGGACAUAUGAGCUGACUACAGCUGCUGAUCUACAUGAAGGAGGCGUUACACCUGACCUACAAGCACAGUAGUAUUUGAUAGUCAAAAUUUUGGGUGGGGUAUCACUUUAAAAUGCCCACAUCCAUCCACACCUGCUUUGCUCCUUAUCCUCUGUAAGUGGGAUAGACUUUUUUUUGUUUGAAUUCAGAAAUAAUUUCAAUAGAUGUCUCAAAUUCAUUGAUUCGUGUUUAUUUCAAUUCAUCUGAAUUUAAAACUAUUCCACGCUAUUUUAAUCUGUCCCACUGAUGCCCCGAUGACUUAAAUAUUAUCAUGUCUUUAUUCAACAAAGGUUAAUAAAAAAUCUGAAUAUUGCUUGAUGGUGUAUAAAGUAUAGCCAACUUGAAUCAGGUGAAAAUAUUUGGUUUGAUUUGGUUCAACAACUUAAAUCCAGAAUUAGAAAACCACACCGCGCACAUUUUAUGGCCUUAGGAAUCACUCAGCAAACUAAUUAUGUUUAAUCAAGAUGUGUGAUGCUUGUGUCUUAAUUGGUCCUCUGUGCCUGUUCCCAUUACCCUGUAUUACAUGUAUUCCAAGAAUUUUCCACAAAGAAAUGUACAAAUAGUUACUGUAGUUUUUGCGUACCUUUCAAAUGCCUUUCACUUUUCAUCAGAUGACACGUUCUGGUAUUGAUCUUGAAUCACCACAAAGAAAUGCUUUCACCAAAAA